GGUCGAGAAAACCAGAACAUUAGCGCUUAUACGCACAUAUACCUCUGCACGUACAUAUUCCACGAUUUUUCAGUAGGUGGCAGCUAAAAGCCUGGCUGAGCCUGGCAGUCGCCAUUUAGGCGACCAGCAGAGGCUGGAGUGGGUGGGUGAGAGCAGAAGGAGGCAGGCUGCGGUCCGGGCAGCGGAGCAUCGUGCGGGCACCGCGGCGGGGGCGGCAGCGGAGCGGAGCCGGGAGCAGGAGCGGAGCCGAGCCCUUGGCACAGACACGGCUGCUCUCUGCUGCAGGGAGCCCAGGGCACGGAGCGAACAGCUGCUGCGAUGACAGGCAGAAACUGAAGAGCGUUCGAAGCUCUCUGCUCCUACACAGGUUUUCCCCCCUAGCUGAGCAAGUGACACGCAGAGAAACAUGCCUGAGCAAAGCAAUGAUUAUAGGGUAGUUGUGUUUGGAGCUGGAGGAGUGGGGAAAAGUUCUUUGGUCUUGAGAUUUGUGAAGGGCACUUUCAGAGAGAGCUACAUCCCUACCAUAGAGGACACCUAUCGGCAGGUGAUCAGCUGUGACAAGAGCAUAUGCACUUUGCAGAUAACUGACACUACAGGCAGCCAUCAAUUCCCAGCCAUGCAACGCCUCUCCAUUUCUAAGGGACAUGCUUUUAUUUUGGUUUACUCUAUCACCAGCCGGCAGUCCUUGGAGGAGCUCAAGCCAAUCUACGAACAAAUAUGUCAGAUUAAAGGAGACAUAGAAAGCAUUCCAAUAAUGCUGGUGGGGAACAAAAAUGACGAGAACCAAAAUCGAGAGGUAGAAAGCAGUGAAGGAGAAGCCAUGGCUAAGAAGUGGAAAUGUGCCUUCAUGGAGACCUCUGCCAAGACGAACCACAAUGUGAAAGAGUUAUUCCAAGAGUUGCUAAACCUGGAGAAACGCAGGACUGUGAGUUUGCAAAUUGAUGGCAAAAAGAGCAAGCAACAGAAAAGGAAGGAGAAGCUGAAAGGAAAGUGUGUGGUGAUGUGAAAUUUCACUAUCAGAAAACAGCUGUGAAGUCAUCUGACAACAAGCAUGUAAAACACAUAGACAGCAAACAAUCAUGCAAGACCCUAUUUAUUAGUAUCUGUUUUAAAAGAAAUACUUGGAAAUUGAAAAAAGGAGGUACUGAUUGCUAUGAAAAAAAUGAAAAAUAAAAAUGUGUGUACUCUCGCAAUCAAUUAAAGUAAAUCAGGAAGAAAACAAAAGAUGUCCCAGAGUACCUUAUUUUGUAAUAUCCAAAAAGAAGAAUUUUCAUGAUUCACAUUAUAGGAAAGAUUUGGAAAAUUGACUUAAUAUUAUCUGCAUUUGCAUAUAAUUGCAAGAGAAAGCAAUGUAUAAUAUCUGAAGAAAAACAAAGAAAUGGUUGUGAAGAAACCUAGAACAUACAAAUGCAUGCUGGGUGAUGUUAAUUUCCUUCAAGAUUGCUGUGGAUGAACAAUUCUAUGCCAUUUUCAUAACUGACUGGUGGUAGAGUGUGCAUAAGACCAUCAUGCAUCACCUGAAUAAAUGAACAAUGCACAGUAAAAGCAAGUAUGGGGAUAGCAGUUAAAAAGAAUAGAUAUUGUCUCUAUCCACCCAGCACGAUACUUCUUUCUAGCACGAUGAAGUGUUUAAACUGAAGGUUGUGGAAAAGCCAAUCCCUGUAAGAGAGUUGGAGAUCAUCUUUUCUGGGCUCAUUGCUUCAAGAAGUACCUGAGUUUCUGGCCUGAAUACAUUUCAGAAGAGCAGACAUUUGUUUGUGGAGAAUGCCAGAUGGGAAUGGUGUACAUAUAAAACCAGACAGCCUCCCCAGGGAGAGCUGACUGGGUAGUCCCCUACGAAAGCCUCUGUGGGAGAGACUCAGUUCUAAUGCUGCUGCCUGUUGAAUGAACACAUUUAGUGAAUUUAGUGAUUAGUGAAUGAAUGGAAUGUCUUUUGAACUGGUGGUAGCUUUGGAGAAGUUUGGCAUAAUAUACAAAUUAUCAGAUUCACUGAGUGAUGCUUCUUUACAUUACUAUAUUCCAGUUAGAAAGGUUUAUGUUCAAGCCCUAUGAGAUCUAUUGCCUUUAUUGCAUAUUGUCUGAAGUAUUUUAUAUUUGCCAUUUAAACUCAUUAUUUAAACUGCCGUGACUAUUUAUAGAACCAUAUACCUGAAAUUAGUGCCCACAAGAGUCUCUAAAGGGAGGUUUUUUGGGAUAAGCACUACAGGAUCUGGCAUAUUAAGAGUUGUAGUCAGGACUGUGUUGUAAUGCAAUAAAAUAUUCAGAAUAGAAAAUACAUUAUUUAAAACAUCCUGUCAGAGGAAACCAUUCUUCUCGAAACCUUUGAAAGGGGAAAAAGAGUAAAAAUUGUAAGCUUUCCUGGCUGUCUCUCCAAAGCUUUUUAAAAAACUAAUAUGAAUGACUGAAAUAAGUUUCCGUGUGUUGACAAAGGCCAUCUAAAAUAAAAUAAGCACAUACAUUUUUUAAAGGACACAUUAAAUUGUGUAAGUCACAAUUUGUAGGUUAGAAACCCCUUUAAACCAAUAAAAAGAGCCUACCAUAUUUUUAGUAAAUUUUUAUGUCAAGAAACACGGGAAAAUGAAGUCAAUUACUAAUAUUAUUAGCCUGCAUGCUAGUGCAUUAUAAAUAUCUUCCAGGGGAUGCUCAAAUGCAGUGUUUGCAUUAAAAAUUGCUACCUUGUUCCUUUCAGAGUUAUUCCACCUUUCUAGCAAAUGUGCAGACAUUUCAGAGGUAGAGUAAUAGUAUACACAAGCAUUUGCUACUAGCACUGUAUAGAAAGGAGGAAACUUCUGUCAUUCAGUCAGAAGAAAUUCUGGCACCAGUAGAAUUGAGUGUGAAACUCCUACUGAUUUCAAAGAGACAAUUAUUUUUGGUGUUUAUUUCAUUCCAUUAAGAAGAGAAAACUGGAAAGAGCAUGGAAAAAGCUAAAGCUCUUCAUUAACAGUAAAUUCCAGGCUCUUACACAACACUCUUUCUUCAUAAAUCUCAAAGCACUUUGCAAAAAUUACGACACCAUUUUCUUAACUUCUCAGGUGGUGAAAGUGAGGCACAGACAGAGAAAUCAACUGCACAUGGAUUGUCCAGCAGGAUAGUGACAGACCCAGGAACAAAAGCAGAUCUCCUCUGUCACAGCCCAGUGCUCAUUCUGUGUUUUGUCAGGCUGUCUUUUUACAUUCUUAAAUAGCUCCUGAAACACAUAAAGAAGCCUGGUUUGACCUAUACAGCCAAGUGCAUCUUUCUUGACAGUCUGUCAACAGAUCAAAAGGUAUUUCCAGAUCAGGGAUGCAAAACACUUAAAAGCACUAUGUUUAGUAAGACUUUUAUAAAUGUUUAUACAUUUACUCUGUUUGUAAAAAAAUUUGCUGAUGUUACUCAACGUCUCAGCAAUGGAUUCCACAAAUGAAGCUGGAAAAUCAGAAAAAUUAUCAACCUUAAGGCAUAAUGGGGCUCAUACAGAGGUCAAAAGUAGAGAGGUUGCCCUCAGAUGCUAACACACCAGUGCCAAAGGUCAUCAUGCGUGGCACAUGCCUUAGCAGCCAGCAAAGAAUUAUGACAGAAUCUCAAAAAAAAGAAUAAAAGCUAUAUAUAGACCAUUUUAACAUUAUUGCUUGAACUAGACAAAUUAUUUACAUAGUAAAAUAUCUUGCAGAAGUACAAUAUAAGGGGAUCUGAAUUACUUAAAAUGUACUGACUGCAAAGAUAUUACAGGCUGAAAUUUAGCCCUGGACUUAUUUUUUUGAAUGUGCCUCAUAGCAAGAAUAGAAUAAUUGUAUAGCAAAGAUGGAAAUAAAACAAGUAGCUGCCAAUGUUAGGCUUGAGGACCAUACUCCUUUAGUCCCCAGCUGACUCCUCACCUGCUACAUAAGCCAUGAAGUAUUUCAUGGACUUGCAUGCAUCAAAGCAAGGCCAGAACAGAAGCAAUAUUACUCAAGGACCACAGACUCAAAAGAGAGCAUAUUUUAUACCCUUGCAUUGCCAUCCUAGUUUCUACUAUUAGAUUUUACAUAUAUUGUAUACACGUGAGCUGGUUUAAAACAUUUGUUUUGCUAUUACAUAUAGAAUUAUUUUUUUUUAUAUGAAAAAAAUAAGGUAGAUCAAGAGUAUAUAAAGCUUUAUUACAUUUUGUGUUUUAUUUAAGAAUGUGGUAUCAAUAUAAUAGCCUGUUUAAAAUGUAUAUAGAAAAUAUUUAGAACUCGUAAGCUCUACAGUGAAUUUUAGCACCCAGAAAACACAAUCUAGCCAAAAUGAAUCUUUAAAAUGCAUGGGUUUAUAUGUAGAUAUUAAAUAUUACAGUAUAUUGCUGUCAUGAAAAUAUGUUGUGAUUUCUUUAGCAAAUAUUUUGUUUUAAAACUGGAUAGGAAGUCAUUUGUGUCUAUUAGUUUCCAUGCUUGUGGUGAUGGUCUAAACAUUCAAAAUAAAGUUUUAAAUCU